GCGCAGGCGUGGUUCGCGGCGCCUUCCCGGAAGAGCUCGGCGGUGGGCGCGGCGUGGCCGCGGCCCCGUGGGUCGUGGGGCCGGCAGGUCGAGGUAGAGGACACUAUUCAGGGGAGAGCCAGAAAGCUUAUAGCCCAGCUUUGAGUAAAGAUGACUUCCUUGUUCACUCAAGAAAUCCACCUUUCUAAAAGGCAUGAAGAAAUAGUGUCACGAAGAUUAAAGUUACUUCAGAAAAUGAGGACUAAUUUUGGUGAUCAGAACGCAGGCAGGGCAUGUCUCCUCCAAGCCACUGAGACUGCUCUAAAGAGGAACGUCAGCCUCUUGCAGGACAUAGAAGCUGCAGAGAAGUCUUUACAGGCCAGUCUUAAGCCACACCCACAGCCUGCAGUGCAGUCUCUUGAGACUCGUUACUGGGCAUCAGUAGAAGAACAUGUCCCCAAAUGGAAACAGUUCCUUUUGGGAAGAGCCCCGUACCCAAUUGGUGGUGAAAAUCAAAAUGAGGCAGGAAACACCAUUCAAAAUGAGGCACAGCGGUAACUUCACGUGUAACUCAGGAAACUAAAACAAAAUCAAAACCAACUACGUGACAAAACUAUGUAAGUCCUGGCGGGAACUUUAGGGAAUGAGUGUGCUUUGUUUUGUUUCAGUGUAACGUCAGUCAGACCCCACCAAAAGUCUCAGGUUGGACUGUCUGUCACAGGGCCGUAGAUUUGCCAAUAAAAGUGUUAAAAACUCACA